AUGGGGCAGACUACAUCGCCUCCGCGUCGCCCUCGACAUGCUGCCAUGAGAGACGACGGAGGAAGUUAUGAUUACAGAGAACGGCCUCGAUCUGGCAGAGGAGUGACAUCCUCGGAUCGACCAGGAUCUCCUCCCCACGGGGCCCGUCACAGCUCGGAUUACUCUCGCCAGCACCAUCGCCCCAGAGACUCAGCGCCAGCGCACAGGCAUCGCUCACGAGACCGCAGCCGGGAAUAUUCCCGGCGGGAGAGGCCUGCAUCCUCGCGCCCGCUUGCGGAUUCGGACGACUUGAUCCCUCGCUAUCGUGAGAGCAAGGCGCGUUCAUCUGAAGUCAAGGCCAGGACGACUCGGGGUAGCCGUAGCCGUAGCCGUGAGCGAGGCCGAGAUCGAGACCGAGAUCGUGACCGUGGGGGACUCGGCUCACCGUCCUCCUCCAAGCGACAUAGAAGUCGAAGCCGCAGCCGCAGUCGGUCUCUGAGCUCGUCACGUCGGAAACGCUACAAGAAGGCACACAGUCCGCCACCGCGCGGUCGAGAUCAAGGCUCCAAGUCCGAAUCCAAAAGACGAAGACACCAUUCUCCCGAUCGUCGAGGCCCCUCACCGCGUCACCAUCGCUCUUCCCACAAAUCUCCUUCCCGAGUCGACGACGAAGCCCGCCACCACUCGAGACGACGAUCUCACUCCCGCUCUCCGACAAGAUCUGAAGCCGACAGGAGACAUUCCCGACGCGACUCACGCCACCGUCACAAACCCGAAGCAACUCGAAGCCCAUCACGGAGACGGUCGCCACUACCUGCCAGCAGUCGACAUUCAUUCUCAAACCGUAGAGAUUCGCAGUCACGUGUGGCCGAGCCAGCAUUGACGGUCCGCACUGCCACUGACGACCGGUCGCGAACCGACGGCGACUACCGACAAGCCAAUCGAGACCAAAGGCCUGCAUCUCCUAUCGCCCAUCGUGAUCGACAUCGAGGCAAAGAAUUUUCCGAACCGCAUCACACUUCGCGGUCUGACAUUGACGACGACAUGACGUCUCGGAGCAGUUAUCGAGGAGGAUACAACCCCACCUAUUCACAUCAAUCCCGCCACAGCAAUGACCCUCGAGGAUAUUCUCAGUCUCCUCAGAACUCGGGUUCUUUUCACAACUCGCCAUCUCCAUCGUCGUACGGUGCGGGUCGUUCCGGCUGGAAUCAUCAAUACUCCCCCCAACAACAAUAUCCUCCGCAGUAUCCUCACAGUGGCCCUCCUCAGAAUGGAUCACAGAACCAUUACCAUGUGAAUUCGCUGCACUCCCCCCCUUAUGCCGCACCUACUGGUCCUCAGGGUAACUACCGAGGGGGUCAUCGAGGGAGUGGCUUUCGUGGCGGGCCCACCGCAAAUCGAGGUGGCUAUCGUGGCACUGGCUUCAAAAGCACCUCUAGGAACCCUUCAUUCCAAGCGCCGCCGCCGCCACCUCCACCUCCCCCUCGAAGCAAUGGUUUCCCAUCAGAUGAAGAAGUUGAUCAGAGGUCCACAGCCGUAGAUGCGGAUGCGGGUGCUGUGGCAGACACUGAGACCCAUGAUGCUCAUGAAAAUGCCUCUUUGGAUCGCUCAGACGAUGCACCACCAGCCCCCGCCAACCAUACUACAUCCAAGGAUGGUGCUGAAGCGUCAUCACAAACUGCACCCAAAUCGGGAAGUGGUGCUGGCAAGUUCAGCUUUGCGUUUAAGCCCUCCUCUAAACCAACCCCCGCGGCUCCGAAGCCUGAGAUUUCCCAAAAGUUCAACGCCGCACCCCCAAGGAGAGAGCCUGUACAGCAGGCCCAACCCACUAACCGUGAACGUGAACGCGAACGUGACCGGGACAGGGACAGGGACCGGGACCGAGAACCUCCGCCAAGUGCACCCACUGAGCCGUCUUCCGCGCGUUCCCGGCGAGAGUUUAGGAAUCCUCCCGAGGGACCAAAAUUGGCACCGAGAACGCGGAAGGUGAUGAAACUUAUGAAACGACCAAAGCCGCGACCGACUCUCCCCGACGACUUGAUUGAAUCUGACUCAGUGUUUUUCAGAAAGCCCGGAAAUGAAUCCGUUGUCGGCUCAGGGACAUAUGGAAAAGUGUUCAAGGGGCUCAAUGUAUACACAAAGGGGCUCGUUGCUCUGAAACGAAUUCGUAUGGAGGGCGAGAGAGAUGGCUUCCCCGUGACAGCCGUCCGAGAAAUCAAACUGCUACAAUCGCUGAGACACACCAACAUUGUCAAUCUUCAAGAGGUCAUGGUAGAAAAGAAUGACUGUUUCAUGGUUUUCGAGUACCUCUCUCAUGACUUGACGGGUCUGCUCAACCAUCCUUCCUUCUCGCUAGAUUCAGCUCAGAAGAAGCACAUGGCCAAGCAACUUUUCGAAGGGCUAGAUUACCUUCAUGAGAGAGGUGUCCUUCACCGAGACAUCAAAGCUGCAAAUAUUCUUGUUAGUAGCGAUGGAAUAUUGAAGCUGGCAGAUUUCGGACUGGCUCGGUUUUAUGCGAAACGACACCAGCUGGACUACACGAAUCGGGUCAUUACGAUCUGGUACCGCUCACCGGAGCUCCUGCUGGGAGAAACCAAGUACACCGCUGCCGUCGAUGUUUGGAGUGCCGCCUGUGUUAUGGUCGAGAUUUUCACUAGACUCGCCAUUUUUGCUGGAGACGGAACAGAGCUCAGUCAGCUGGAUAAGAUAUACAAUGUUCUUGGGACGCCAACCCGCCACGACUGGCCUGGAAUCACAGACAUGGCGUGGUUCGAGCUGCUCCGACCAACUGCUAAACGAAAGAAUGUCUUUGCGGAGAAAUACAAAGACAGAGUGUCUCCUGCUGCCUUUGACUUGCUACAAUCCAUGUUCUGCUACGACCCGGCAAAGAGGCCCACGGCAUCCACGAUCUUGCAACACCCGUACUUCACUACCGAAGAGCCACUGCCUAGACAGGCAAUAGAACUAGCAAAUAUUGGUGGUGAUUGGCACGAGUUUGAGUCGAAAGCGCUGCGAAAAGAAAAUGAGCGGCGAGACCGGGAGGCUCGCAAAGCAGCCAAGGACACUGCCCGUGAAAAGGACAAGAAACGCGUCCCAGAGUCUCAUGAUCGCGAGAGGAGUGCCAAAAGGAUACACGUCGAUCAGAAGCCGGCGGAUAACCGAGGUGGUACCGCUACAGCAACGGCUACGACAACUACGAAAGAAUGA